GCUAAAGUUGCUAAUUUCGGUCCUUCGAAGAGCAGUGUCUUUGCAGUUUGGUAUGGUUGUGAAAUUGGUUCGUUGUCUAUUUGCAUUAUACUGUUUGUCUGGAUAACUUCUGGUGAAAUCACCUCGAUUUCAAAAUGCCGAAGAAUAAGGGAAAGGGAGGUAAAAAUAGGAGGAGAGGAAAGAAUGAAAACGAGACUGAAAAAAGAGAGCUGGUCUUUAAAGAAGAUGGCCAAGAAUACGCCCAAGUCACAAAAAUGUUGGGUAAUGGCAGGUUGGAAGCUAUGUGUUUUGAUGGAAUAAAGAGACUGUGUCAUAUUCGAGGAAAGUUGAGGAAAAAGGUUUGGAUCAACCAAGGUGAUAUUAUACUCAUUGGAUUGAGAGAUUAUCAGGAUGCCAAAGCUGAUGUGAUCCUGAAAUAUACACCUGAUGAGGCAAGAAACCUGAAAACAUAUGGUGAAUUUCCAGAAACAGUUCGUAUCAAUGACACUGUUACAUUUGUUGAGGAUGGAUUUGAUGAAGAUAUUGAAUUUGGAGAUGAAGUUAGUGAUGAAGGUGAAGCAGACCCAGUUGAUGCUAUAUGAUGAUUGAGGAACACCUGGUUCAUAUUUUAUGUGAGAGACCAUUUUCAGACAGUGUUGCCAGCCAGUGUCUCUGGUAUCUAAAACAUUUACUAAAAAAAGGAAAUGACAAAAUAAGUCCUUUCAAUCUCAAUUUUGGGAAUUUUUUUUUUUUUUCCCGUAUUGCAGAUAUGUAAUUAGCUGCUGUAAUACUUAAAGAUUUUACUAUGAGGUUUGGAUAGAUCACUGAGAUUUUGAAUUUGCUGGAUUCUGAAGUUUUGCUUGAAACAUUUAAAUUUGCAAUAAAAUUCUGUUUUACUGAUGAUUUUUUUGCUAUUUACUUCAAAACUUAUUUAUUGUGUUUUGAGAUGUAUAGUCCUCUAAUAGAAAACUGUAUGUCAUUAGUUAUAAAAUUUUAAAUGUACUUGUAUUAAAGGAUAUAAUAAAGGUAAUUUGAUGUUGAUGUGUUAGUUCGAUACUGUAGUCAUUGUGGUAAGUAUUUUUCCUGGUGUUACUCUUGUAGGCCUAUUGAUGUAUAAUAGCAAACAAUGUAAAGUUACAUCAUUUGUGCUGGAGAAUUCUUCUUUUUUGAUGUAAUUAAUGUUUAUUAAUAAUUAUUGACAUAAUUGUUUAGUCCAUAGUUGUGGAGAAACGUUGUUGAAACAGAGUGGCUGGUGUGUAAAUUUAGAAGAUUUUGUGAAAUAUGUUACUUGAAAGAUCACACAGUUGACCAUUUUUGUGAUGCAAUUAUCAUUUUUAAGAAGACUGUUCAACGGUAGUGGUAACUUGGAUGUGAGAUGGGUUGGGGAGUUGUAGUACGAACAGCUGUGAAAUGGACACACAACAUUGUAGUGUUAAAAAAGAGAAGGUACAUAUUGUCCAACUGAAAUUGUUCCGUAUUUGUGAUGGUAAUCUUGAUGCAUUCAAUGCAGACCCCCACUCCAUCUUCUGUGUAGAUGAAUGUAAGUAACUUUCCAAACUGUUACAGUCAAUGUGUCACUAUCUGUGUCAGUUGGCAGAAAGCCCUGAAGUGAGUGAAUUUUUGGUGUAUAAAUUAGUAGUUCCAUUUGCUGAUUGUAAAUUUGUCUAUUUACUCUACUCCUGAUACUUUGUCAUUUUUGGUUGUAUAACACCUGGUAUGCUGUACAGGACUGCAGAUACAUUUUCAGUGAUAGUUCUUUCAUCAGAUGCGCGGGGUAUGGGGAUUUAAUGCAAGGCAUUUCUUUUCACAGAUUUCUGUAAUGAGUAAAGUGUGCAUACAAAAUAGUUCCUUCAUAUUUGGUUAUAAAUGCAGACUUUCAUUGAUGACAUGUAAAAAUGCAUUGUUAUUGUAAUUAUAUGUAUUAUAUAAUUAACCUUUUGUUUAUAAAUUCUUUAAUAAAUUUUUAUUAAUUAA